AUGAAGCGUCUCAAGGCUGAUACGGAAAUGCUCUACCCUGAGAUAAUUGUAGAAGUGGGCAAAGUGACUCUUGGAGAAGACAGCAGGAAGAAGAUGACCAACAAGUAUAUGAAGAGAACUGAGAAUUCUAAAAUCAUCGAAGCUACGUGUGCACUGUUAAAUUCUGGAGGGGGCAUCAUCAAAGCAGAGAUAAAUGAUAAACACUAUAGUUACCGAUGCCAUGGGCUGGGACAGGAUCUGGAAACUUCUUUUCAAAAGCUCCUUCCUUCAGGGUCACAGAAAUACCUUGACUACAUGCAGCAGGGGCACCAUUUCAUGAUUUUUGUGAAGUCAUGGAGGCCAGAUGUCUUCAGCCUCCCUCUAAGGAUUUGCAGCUUGAACUCCAAUUUAUAUCAGAGAGCUGUGACUUCCACUAUCAACCUGAGUGCCAGCGGUGCCCUAGAGCUUCUCCGAGAGAAGCAGUCUAGAGCCCAGAGAGGAAGAUCAAGGGUGAAGGAGCUGCAGUCUCAGAAAGCUCCUGACAAAUACAUUCAGGAAGAGGAAGACAUGAGGAUGUCUGCCUCAGAAUUUUUUAAAAAGGACAGACUCAUGUAUAAGGAGAAACUCAACUUUACUGAGUCAACACAGGUCGAGUUUAAAAGGUUCACCACCAAAAAGAUUGUGCCUCGGAUUAAAGAAAUGCUGCCUCAUUAUGUUUCUGCAUUUGCCAACACCCUCGGGGGAUACCUAAUCAUUGGGGUGGAUGAUGAGAGCAAAGAAGUGUUUGGAUGUAAGAAAGAAAAAGUGAGCCCUGACUUAUUAAAGAAAGAAAUAGGAAAUUGCAUAGAAAAAUUGCCUACGUUCCACUUCUGCUGUGAGAAGCCGAAGCUGAAUUGCACUACCAAAAUCUUAAACGUGUACCAAAAAGACGUCCUGUAUGGUCAUGUCUGUGUGGUUCGUGUGGAGCCCUUCUGCUGUGUAGUAUUCACAGAGGCCCCGGACUCUUGGGUCAUCAGGGACAAUUCUGUCACCAGGCUGACGGCUGAAGAGUGGGUAGCCAUGAUGCUGGAUAUUCAAUCAGCUCCUUCCGGUCUGGCCGCAGACUACAGCCUUCACGUGAUUUCACCAGCUUCGUCUGCACUAAGAUGCCCAUCAUUUCCCAUCAAAGUCCUGGACUUUAAGACAGCUCUACAACAACGCUUUUUCCCAGUGACACAGGAAGAGAUACAAUUUAAACCAGAAUCCCUCUGUAAGAAGCUCUUCUCAGAUCAUGAAGGACUGGAGGAAUUAGUGAAGACACAGAUAUAUCCUUGCUCUCCGGGGACUGUGAUAAUAUUUUCCAGGAGCUGGGCUGGUGAUGUUGGCUUAAGGAAGGAGAAGAAUGUCCUGUGUGAUGCUCUCCUAGUAGCCGUGAACAGCCCCCUGGUGCUCUACACAAUCUUAAUAGACCCCACGUGGGUUGGAGGGCUUGUGUAUGCCCGAAACACUGCUCAUCAGUUAAAGCAGAAACUGGGAACUGUCGGUGGUUACACAGGGAAAGUGUGUGUCAUCCCGAGGCUGGUGCACCUGCCCAGCACACAGUGUAGACCUGAUGAAACCCCCGUGCACUACCCCCAAGCCUACAGGCUCGCUAAUGAGGGUGAAAUGGAAGCUUUGUUGCAGGCCCUCAUCGUGGUCUCGCUCUGCUCUAGAUCUCUUCUGAGUGACCAGCUGGGCUGUGAAUUUUUCAAUUUGCUCAUAGCAGAGCAGUGCGAGCUGCUUUCAGAAAGCCUUCAGGAGACACGAGAAUUGUUCAUCCACUGCCUUCCAGGAACCAGAAAGACAGCCCUCGCCAUAAAGAUCACAGAGAAAAUUAAGGAUGUGUUCCAUUGCAAGCCAAAAGAGAUCCUCUAUGUUUGUGAAAGUGACUCCUUAAAGGAUUUUGUGACCCAGCAAACCACCUGCCAUGCUGUGACCCGGAAAACCUUCAUGAGAGGGGAAUUCCCAAAGAUCAAACACAUAGUGAUGGAUGAGACUGAGAAUUUCUGCAGUAAAUACGGUGACUGGUACGUGAAGGCAAGGAGCAUCACCCACCCAAAGGUGAGGGGCACUGGAAGUGAAAACCUUCACCACGGGAUUCUCUGGCUUUUUCUGGACCCUUUCCAAGUCCAUCAUGCAGAUAGCAAUGGCCUUCCCCCUCCAUCUGCUCAGUUUCCUCGAAAAACAGUCACCAACGGAACCCACUGCGCUUUGGAAAUAGCGAUGGUCAUGAAAGAAGAAAUGAAGAGGAUCAAAGAAAAUCCCCACUUCAACCUGUCUCCAGGCACAUUGGCAUCGUUCAGGGAAGCUGCCUACGAGGAAGCGAUGCGUGCCCAGGCUCUGCCUGGGGUGUGUGAGACAGAGACAAACCUGACCACAGAAGAAAUCGCGAAACGUGUGGCGGAAAGGUGUCACAACCUGUUCCAAUGUGGCUAUCUGCCCAAAGAUAUAGCAAUUCUGUGCAGGAGAGGGGAGGACAGAGGACGCUAUGAGCUUGCACUGCUAAGAGCAAUGGAAUUAUUUGAGACGCAUGGAGUCACAAAGGUUGUGUUCAGCCAGGCCUCUGGUGUUUUGGACAGUCACAUCGUUUUAGACAGUAUUCAGCAGUUUUCAGGCCUGGAGAGGAAUAUUGUGUUUGGGCUUAGUCCAGAAUAUGCCCGGUCAGAGGAAGUUCAUAAGCUCCGUUUUGCCUCGAAAGCCAUUAAACACCUCUACCUGCUUUAUGAAAGGAGGUCAGCCUCCUGAAAAUUAUUUCAAACAACAAAGAAAGACAGAGAGAGGAGUCCCUUCCCCCAGGCAGGUGGCAGCUAUGCUUUUUCACAUGUUACAAGUGGGGAAAUCAAGGCAGAAUCAGCAUAUCCUGGAGCCACAGAAAUGGUUCUUGGUACAGGGCCUUUCGGUCUAUCUGCAGGGUCACUGGCCUUUCCCCACGCCUCUUCACCUCUUCCCUGGGACUUAAAUUGGUCCCUUGCUUCCACUUUUCCUGGCCCAGUCCAGCUUCUCUCUUGUCAACCA